AUGAUAACGUUUCCAAAAAUCACAUACUAUUUUGAAAAUAAACGACGAGUCAAAGGGCUUGAAGAGGUACGUUAAUUACGUUUUUUAGCAGGAGAGGAAGGAGGGACGGUUUGAAAUAAAAAAAAUUGGGCUGGUAAGAUUGCCCCAAUUAGUAAGACCUUAGUACCGGACGUCUGGCUCCCAAUAUAAUAACAAUUUUUAGUUUUAAGUAAUAUUGUUUUGCAUGUUUUAUAAAUUUAUUUUAAAAAAUCAUGACUUUCAGUACAACAACCGCCAAGAACGUCUGAAUCGCUUGUUCCAGGAAGAUGAAAUCAAGCUUCAUCCAGAUAAUAAUGAAAGGAACAUAGAAGAGGCCAAUCUCGAAUACAAGAAGAAUUUGAAAUGGGACAGCCGGUUUGCAACAAUCAUUUUCAUCAUGAACUUAUUCAUCUUGGCCGGCAAUCUAACGGCCGCUUUCUUAAGCGGCUCGUACUCGGUUAUCAGGUAGGGUUGAGGUGGUGCUGGGAGGAUUUGAGGACUGAAUUGAGGGUUGUUAGAUAUUUUGGGAAGGGUAAGGUAGGGUAGAGUAAGGCAGGGUAGAGUAAGGUCAGGCAGUGUAGGUAAGGCAGAGUAAGGUAAUUCAGGAUAAGGUAAGUAGAGGAGGGUAGAGUAGGGUAAGGUAGGGUAACGCAUGAUAGGGUAAGGUAGAGUACGGUAGGGUAAGGUAGGGCGGGGCAAAAAAUUAUAGGGCAUUAUAUAAAAAAAUUUCAAAAACGACAUUUUAGUGCCUUUGUGGACUCGUCGAUGGACAUAGUAAGCAGUAUAAUCGUCUUCAUCACAGUAUACCUCAUUACCCAUACCAACAGUCACAAGUAUCCUCGUGGCCGUCAACGUUUGGAGUUGAUGUCUGUGAUUAUAUGCUCCAUCUUCAUGGGUGUUACCAAUAUUAUGAUGAUCAUUCAGUCGGUGGAGGCUAUUGUUAUGGGUACUGUAAGUUGA